AUGUACGCCUCAACAUUAUUAGUCUCGCUACUCGGUGCCUCGAGUGUCAUCGCCGCCCCGACAUGGCCCGCAUUCAACUGGAAUGCCGCCAAGCCUGACGGGCUCGAGACCGUAUCCGAGUACUUCAAUAUGUUGGCACAGAAGGUCGAGAUAGGAAAAUACAUGUCGUCAGCCCCAAUUUGUGAUAUCUCAAAGGCACAGAUGGCUGCAGCCCCUGAGCCACUGACUCCUCCGUCUCCUGGUUUAAUCCUAAAGCACGUGGCUAUCGGCCGCGGAACGCAGAACUAUACCUGUGACACAACCAACGCGACCGCCGUUCCCAUCGCCGCUGGUGCCGUAGCCACACUCUUCAACGCGAGCUGCGUCGCCUCUGCGUACCCGGAUCUGCUGAAUCUCCUGCCCAAGCUGGCUCUCCAGUUCAACCUCACGGCGCAGGAAGACGCGCGCAUGGGCCCCACGAACCUGAUCAUCUCCGGCAAACACUUCUUCACCAACAACACGACGCCCUUCUUCAACCUCGAUACGACGCAGAACCAGAUCGGCGAAGCGAGCUGCUCCAAGGACAGCCAGACCAACGCGCCUGCCGACGCACCUAAGGGUCAGCAAGGCGAGAAGGCCGUCCCCUGGCUCCGCCUCAAGACGCAAUCCGGCUCCACAGGCAACCUGCAGGAGGUCUACCGCAUCGAGACGGCAGGAGGCAGCGCGCCGGCCACGUGUCAGGGACAACCGGCAGCAUUCGAGGUGCAAUACGCAGCACAAUACUGGUUCUGGGAAGGCGAAUCUCAGGCGUGA